CCUUUGCUUGUCAUGCAAGUUGAAUGCUACAUCAUUCCUUUUUGCCUACCAACAAACAUACGAAAUUGGUAUAGAAAUGACAAAAAGAAAAGGAGUUUAGACAAUGUGUUAAAUAUUAUUAAAUAUUUUUUAUAUAAUUUUCACUCAACAUUUUAUCAAAUGGAAUAAAAAAUAUUUUGUUAUUUUAAAAUGUCCGAAGGAAAUGAAAUUCCUCAAGAUCCUAGACCGGAAUUUUUCGGAAAUUAUAUAAUAAAAGCAUUAAAAGUAAAAGCUGAAAAAUGGUAUAGAUUAAUGUUAACCGAAGAUCAAGGAUCUAAAGUUUAUAAUUUUUUAGAUAAUCCGGAAUGUUUAGUCUUGAUUAUACUACAGAAUAUGGCUGCACAACUAUUUGCAAUGGAUAAUUUUCCUAUUCCACUGAAAAGCAAAGCUAUUUAUUUUAUAAAAACAAGUAAACUUGUUAUACCAAAAGAAAAUCCUAGUUCAGUAAUUAUAAUAGGUGAUUUAGCAUGUAAACCUAUUGAACAGUUGGCUACAAUCGUAGACUAUAUUUUCGUGCCAUUACUAGCAAAUCAAGAAAAUCAUGUGAAUUGGGCAAACGUUGUGUCUUUAGAUGUUAAGGAACAUGUACAUAGUUUAAAAAGUACUGUAUAUCAGGUAAAAGGCCAAAUCAAUGGUCAAACCAUUUUACCUAUGCCUGUUGGAAUUGAAAAAUUAGAUAACAUUGAAAAGAUGGUGAAAGAUAGCAAUGGAAAAAUAGUUGAUUUACAUUUCAAAUCUGCAGUGGAAGGCGUCAUCAUUAAAUGGGCUACACAAAUAACUGAUGUUUUGAAUGCAGAUUCAGCUACUAUAUACAAGAACAAUAAAAACUUAACACCAUGGGCCGAAAUUGAAUUUUGGAAGAACCGGGUAAAAAAUUUAGAGUACAUAUACGAACAGUUACAAGAACAAAAAAUAGUUAAAAUGACCACAAUCGUCCAAAUAUCAAAUAGUGCGUACUACCCGUGUCUUAAAAAUAUUUACACAAAUGUUACUUCAGCUUUAGAAGAAGCUAAGGACAUAGUUCGUUACUUAAAACCAUUAGAAAAACAUUUCAAGUUAUUAGAAGAGACCGAUUUUGGAGACAUAGCAGUGUGUUUAAAACCGUUGAUGCAUGUAGUUUGUUUAGUAUGGUCAAACUCUCGAUUUUAUUGUAGUUCAAGUAAAAUCAUUAUUCUUUUUAAAGAAAUAUGCAAUCUAUUGAUUGUUCAGGCAACGAGAUAUUUGGAUCCUACUUCAAUUUUCCAGAGUGAUGUAGUAGAAACAAAAUCUCGUGUUAGGCAUUGUAUUGUUAUAUUUGAAAAAUACAGAGAAAUAUUCAAUGAUUUCCGUAAAAACUUACAUACUUACUUUAAUGGAAAAUCGCCACUUCUAUGGACAUUUCAUCCAAAUAUAGUUUUUAAUCGUGCAGAAUUAUUCGUUAAACGAUUGCAAAUAAUUGAAUGGUUUUUCGAUACGGUCGUUGAAUUUACCAAGUUGGAAAGAAUUGAAUUUAGUGGUUUAAAAGGAAGAUUACUUAGUACUCGAAUCUUGGAUAUAUAUUCUGAUUUCAAUGAUCAAUUCUCAUUAUUUGCUAGUAAAUCUUAUGAUGUACUUGAACCAGAAGACGAAAAAUUUAUAUUAGACUAUGAAAAAUUUAAAGAAAACAUAAAAGAUUUAGAUCAUAGACUUGCAUUUACUUUAAGUCAAGCAUUCGAUGACUGUUAUAAUUUAGACAGCAUUUUUAAGUUAAUAGAUAUUGUGGGUGCUGUAAUGGAUCGAACACUAAUUAAAGAAACCUUUACGCAAAGUUACAAUAAAAUAUUAUUUUUGAUUUCCGAUGAAGUUACUAUUUGUGAGAAUUUAUUUGUUACUCAAAAAGAAGCUAUUGAAACCCAACGUAUUUUUAUUGUUGACAAACUUAUGCCUCCAGUUGCGGGCUUUUUAAAAUGGUCACAUUCAUUAAAAACCAGAGUUCAACAUCCAGUGAAUAGUUUUAAAAAUCUAGACCAUCCAAUAAUUGAAAGUGAAUGUGCGAAAAAUAUUUUGCAAAAGGUGGAUUAUCUUUUGAUAGAAAUAGAAAAACUCGAAGAAUCAUUAGUAGAAAUUUGGAAAUCUGAUGUUCCAAGAAAGUGUCAGCAAUUAUUAGAAUUACCAUUGUUCAAUCGUUCUGAAAAUUUAUAUGAAUUAAAAUUAAAUUUUCAUCCAGAGCUUGUAGCGAUUUUAAGAGAAGUCCACUAUUUACGUGCAAUAAAAAUAAAAGAAAUACCAGAUGAGGCAUUGAAACUUUACGAAAAAGAAAAUGUAUUUAGAAUAUAUUGCAUAAACUUGAACAAUAUUAAAGAGUGCUAUAAUAAAUUAAGAAAUAAUAGCAGAGAAAUUGAAUUUCAAUUAGUAAGAAAAGAAAUCGAAAAUAUUGAUGAACUUAUUAAAGAAGGAGAACAAACAUUAAAAUGGAAUUCUGAUUGCAAUUAUCUUAACUCGUACAUUGGGAAAGUACAAGAUUUAGUGAACCAGUUAUAUCAACGAGUACAAAAAACACAAGAAAACGUUAAACGAAUAAAAUCAAUUUUAUUUUCUUGGGCAAAAACUCCGGUAUUAUACCGGAAAGAUAACAAAAAAGAUACUCUGUUAGCUAUUGAUGAUCGAGAUGAAAGAAUUUUAAAAAGGCGUAGAGAAAUUGAAAAAGCUGCUAUUGAAAUACACAAAUUACUACAUGAAAACUGUACAUUAUUUUAUAUGCAAGAUAAAACUAAUUACAGUGAAUGGCAAUGUUAUGUAGCUUUCGUUGACUCAUUAGUUGCAGAUGGGAUGCUAAAAGCUGUGGGUUGUAGCUUAUGUUAUAUUGUUGAAAACAUGAUUCCCGAAAUUACAACAUUUCCUUUAUUCGAGGCAACCUUAGAGCUACAAGAUCCAGAUUUAAUGUUUAUACCUUCUUUAGAUCCAUCAGAAGUUGGAAAUUUUAAGAGUAUGAUACAAGAAAUAAUUAAUGAAAUAGUUGGACUAACUCAGCAUAUGCCUCGUAUAUUAAAUUUAAGCAAUUCAAUAAAUUAUUUUGAUGAAAUGACAUUAAAUCAAGAUAUUCAUGAAAUGAAAGAAGAUAUAAUAAAUGCAGUAUCUCGAGUUAUCGAAAAGGCUAAUAAUUACUGUCUUAAUUUUGAAAACUAUUCAUAUUUAUGGUUGGAUGAUCGAGAAUUGUAUAUGCAACAUUUUUUAAAAUAUGGACAUCCACUUUCAAUGGAAGAAUAUGAAAAUAUGAUGAUUGAUGAUACUUAUGCCCCUCCUAUUGUUAACCCAACAAUGAAACAAUUUAAAGAACAAAUUGACAAUUUUGAAAAUGUAUAUUCUGAGAUUGAACAAUUAGAGUCAAUUCAAGUGUUUGAUUCGUGGUUUCAAGUUGAUAUGCGCCCUUUUAAACAAGAAUUAUUAAAUACUGUGUGUAAAUGGAGUUUAAUGUUCAAACAACACUUGAUGGAUAAUGUUACAAAUAGUUUAUUCGAUUUGGCAAAAUUUAUACAAGAUGCAGAUGAAGGUCUUAUGCAACCUGUAGUAGAAGGUAAUUAUGAGGCAUUAGUCAGUAUCAUGGGUUAUCUCUAUAAGGUUAAAGAAAGGCAAGCUAAUACAGAAGAAAUGUUUCAACCAUUGACUGAAACUAUUCAAUUACUAAAAUAUUAUGAUAUGGAACUCUCGGAAGAAGUUAAUGUUCUCUUACAGGAACUUCCUGAGCUUUGGAAUAAUACAUGUAAACUAGCUGUUAACAUUAAGCAACAAGUAGCUCCACUACAAGCGAUUGAAGUAAAUAAUAUACGGCAUAGAAUUUCUUAUUUUGAUAGUCGCAUAGCUUACUUUAGAGAAAACUUCAAAAAAUCCAAAAUCUUUAAAUAUGAUUGUUUGUAUCCCUGUAUAUUGAUGGAUGAAAUUAACGGAAAAAUAGCAAUGUACGAAGAGAUCAUGACUCAUAUUCAAAAGUCUGCGUCACUUUUUGAAGUUAAUGUUCCCGAAUUUAAAUUACUCAAACAAUGUAGAAAAGAACUAAAACUCUUAAAACAACUUUGGGAUUAUGUGCAUUUAAUACAUUCAUGCAUUAACCAUUGGAAAACAACUCCUUGGCGUAAGGUCGACGUUGAAAACAUGGAUAUCGAGUGCAAAAAAUUCGCUAAAGAAAUACGAGCAUUAGAUAAAGAAAUGCGGUCUUGGAAUGCAUACAUUUGUUUAGAGGCAACUGUUAAAAAUAUGGUCACUUCUUUGAGAGCUGUGGGUGAGCUUCAAAAUCCAGCAAUUCGCGAACGUCAUUGGGAACAACUUAUGAGUUCUACAAAGAGUUUAGCUGAUUUGGCCAAAUCAUUUGAUAUUAAAUUUGUUAUGGACGACAAGACAACUUUAGCGGAAUUAUUGUCGCUAAAUUUGCACGAGUGUGAAGAUGAUGUUAAAACAAUUGUCGAUAAAGCUGUAAAAGAAAUGUCAAUGGAAAAAAUGUUACGCGAGUUACAUACUACCUGGGCUUCUAUGGAAUUUAACCAAGAAACUCAUGGCCGCACAGGAUAUAGUUUGCUGAGAGCAAGUGAAAAAUUAAUUGAAACAUUGGAAGAAAAUCAAGUUCAAUUGCAAAAUUUGAUGACGUCGAAAUUUGUAGCAUUUUUUUUGGAAGAAGUUUCUAGCUGGCAACAAAAACUCAGUAUAGCAGACCAAGUUAUCAACUCUUGGUUUGAAGUACAAAGAACAUGGAUGCAUUUAGAGUCAAUAUUUAUGAGUUCUGAUGACAUUCGUAAACAGUUACCUGAAGACUCUGAAAGAUUUUUUCGCAUUGACUCCGAAUUUAAAGAAUUAAUGACUAGCAUGUCAAAAACACCAAAAGUUCUUGAAGCGACAAAUAAAUCGGGAUUGCUCAAACAUUUAGACGAUUUGCAUAAUAAUUUAACAUUAUGCGAAAAAGCUCUUGCAGAAUACUUGGAAACAAAACGUCUUGCAUUCCCUAGAUUUUACUUUGUGUCUUCUGCGGAUCUUUUGGACAUACUUUCAAAUGGAAAUAAUCCAGAAUUAGUAGUAAGGCACUUAAUAAAAUUGUUUGAUUCUAUUGCGUCGUUAAAUUUUGUCGACUCUAUAAAUACAGAAAAGAAAGUAGCUAUGGGUAUGCUAGCUAAGGAUGGUGAAUACGUCAAGUUUAAUGAAGAUUGUGACUGUAAUGGCCCAGUCGAAAAAUGGCUCAACAGAGUACAAAUAUUAAUGCGUCAUACAAUAAGACAGAACUUUUUCGAAAGUACAAUAUCUUAUGAAGAAAAACCGAGAGAGCAAUGGCUUUUUGAUUAUCCCGCUCAAGUAUCCUUGUGUGGUACUCAAAUUUGGUGGACAACUGAAGUUAACAUUGCAUUUUCUAGGCUAGAAGAAGGAUAUGAAAAUGCAUUAAAAGAUUACCAAAGAAAACAGAUUUCUCAGUUAAAUACAUUAAUAUCUUUAUUAUUGGGUGAAUUAUCUAAACAAGAUAGACAAAAAGUUAUGACAAUUUGUACAAUUGACGUUCAUUCUAGAGACGUCGUUGCAAGGUUGAUUCAAUCUAAAAUUGAUAAUGUACUAGCUUUUCAAUGGCAAUCUCAACUUCGACAUAGAUGGGACGAAAAAGAGAAGGAUUGUUUUGCUAAUAUUUGCGAUGCCCAAUUUCGUUAUAGUCACGAAUAUUUAGGAAAUACGCCACGUUUAGUCAUUACUCCUUUAACAGAUAGAUGUUACAUAACACUGACACAGUCUCUACAUCUGGUGAUGGGCGGUGGGCCCGCAGGACCUGCUGGAACUGGAAAAACAGAAACAACUAAAGAUUUGGGACGUGCAUUAGGUGUCAUGGUGUAUGUAUUUAACUGUUCAGAGCAAAUGGACUAUAAGUCCUGUGGAAAUAUUUAUAAAGGGUUAGCACAAACAGGAGCAUGGGGUUGUUUUGAUGAAUUUAAUAGAAUAUCUGUAGAAGUAUUGUCUGUAGUAGCCGUUCAAGUGAAGUCCAUACAAGAUGCUAUAAAAGAAAAGUCUUCAACAUUCAAUUUCAUGGGAGAAGUCAUUAGUUUAAUUCCAUCAGUUGGAAUUUUUAUUACAAUGAACCCAGGAUACGCUGGUCGAACUGAAUUACCAGAAAAUUUAAAAGCGUUAUUUAGACCAUGUGCGAUGGUAGUACCAGAUUUCGAAUUGAUUUGUGAGAUAAUGCUUGUAGCAGAAGGAUUUCAGGAAGCAAAAAUUUUAGCUCGAAAAUUCAUUACAUUGUAUACUCUGUGUAAAGAGUUACUAUCCAAACAAGAUCAUUACGAUUGGGGAUUACGAGCUAUUAAAUCAGUCUUAGUAGUUGCUGGUUCUUUAAAGAGGGGAGAUCCAGGACGAAUAGAAGAAGAAGUAUUGAUGAGAGCUUUAAGAGAUUUUAAUAUACCAAAAAUUAUAAGUGAUGAUGUACCAGUGUUUAUGGGGUUGAUUGGCGAUUUAUUUCCUUCAAUGGAUGUGCCCCGUAAAAGGGAUCAAGAUUUUGAAAAAACUGUAAAACAAGCAGCUGUUGAUUUAUUGUUACAACCUGAAGAAAACUUUAUAUUAAAAGUAGUACAAUUAGAGGAGCUUUUAGAAGUCCGGCAUUCAGUUUUUAUCGUAGGUAAUGCCGGUACCGGUAAAACAAAAGUGUGGAAAACUUUAUUUAAAACCUACCAAAAUAUUAAACGAAAGCCUAUUUAUAAUGAUCUAAAUCCGAAAGCUGUGACCAAUGACGAAUUAUUCGGAGUUAUUAAUCCCGCUACACGAGAAUGGAAAGAUGGUUUAUUCUCUGUAAUUAUGAGAGAGCAAGCAAAUUACCCAAAUACAUGUCCAAAAUGGAUUAUCUUAGAUGGAGAUAUCGAUCCAAUGUGGAUAGAAUCUUUGAAUACAGUUAUGGAUGAUAAUAAGAUACUUACACUAGCUAGCAAUGAACGUAUAGCUUUAACUACUUCAAUGAGACUUAUUUUCGAAAUAUCUAAUCUACGAACGGCAACUCCAGCAACUGUAUCACGAGCAGGAAUAUUAUACAUAAAUCCUCAAGAUUUAGGAUGGAAUCCGUAUGUUACAAGUUGGAUUGAAACAAGAGAGAAUGCGGUAGAAAAAAGUAAUUUAGUUAUCUUGUUUGAUAAAUAUAUUCCAUCUUGUUUGGAAAAUAUUCGAAACAGAUUCAAAAAAAUUAUACCAAUAGCUGAGAUGUCUCAUAUACAAAUGUUGUGCUAUUUAUUAGAAUGUAUUUUGGUACCUUCAAAUACACCUAUUGAUUGCCCUAAAGAAUGGUAUGAAUUAUAUUUCACAUUUGCUUGCAUAUGGUCAUUUGGAUCAGCAAUAUACCAAGAACAAGUGAUUGACUAUAAAGUAGAAUUUUCUAAAUGGUGGGUUGCUGAAUUUAAAACAAUAAAAUAUCCUUCCGUAGGUACAGUUUUUGAUUAUUUUAUUGAUACGGAAACCAAAGAGUUUUUACCAUGGUCAGAUAUCAUUCCUAAGUUUGAAUUGGACCCAGAUAUGCCAUUACAAAAUGCAUUGGUACACACGCCAGAAUCAAUCAGAACUCGGUAUUUUGUUGAUUUACUAAUGGAUUAUAAGCAUCCAGUAAUGUUGGUUGGAAGUUCAGGAUGUGGUAAAACAGUGUUAAUUACGGAAAAAUUAACUAGUCUUUCAGAUAGCUACACUAUAGCAAAUAUACCUUUUAAUUAUUACACGACUUCAGAAAUGCUACAAAAGAUACUAGAAAAACCAUUGGAGAAAAAAGCUGGUAGAAAUUAUGGACCACCCGGAAAUAAAACCUUAGUUUAUUUUUUAGAUGAUAUGAACAUGCCUGAGGUGGAUUCAUAUGGUACGGUACAACCACACACUUUAAUACGACAACAUUUAGAUUAUGGACAUUGGUACGACCGAACUAAAUUAACUUUAAAAGAUAUUCAUAACUGCCAAUAUGUAUCUUGUAUGAAUCCGACCGCUGGCAGUUUUACAAUUAAUCCUCGACUUCAACGUCAUUUUUGUGUAAUAGCAGUGAGUUUUCCAGGAACAGAAUCAUUAACUAUUAUUUAUUCAUCAAUAUUGAAUCAGCAUUUUGGAAAUGUAGAAAAUCGAAUUCCACAAAUAGUAUCAAAAUUAGCUGAUAAUGUUAUAGAAGCAACUAUCUGGCUUCACAACAAAACUAAUUCAUUUUUCCUUCCAACUGCCACCAAAUUUCACUAUAUUUUCAAUCUUAGAGAUUUAUCAAACAUUUUUCAAGGUUUAGUUUUUAGUACUGGUGAAUGUCUUUCUUGCCCCGCGGACUUAAUGCGUUUAUGGAUGCAUGAAUGUCAAAGAGUGUACUCCGACAAAUUGGUAGAUGAAAAAGAUUCUGAUGCAUUCAGUAAAAUGCAAACUGAUGCAUUAAAAAAGUUUUUUGAUGAAAUAGACGAAUGUGCAGUUUUUGAAAAACCAAAUAUUUACUGCCAUUUUGCUCAAGGUAUUGGUGAGCCUAAGUAUGCUCCUGUUAAGAGUUGGUCAAAUCUUACAAAAUUGUUGGAAGAAGCUUUGAAUUUAUACAAUGAUUUAGUAGGUGCUAUGAAUUUAGUAUUAUUUGAAGAUGCCAUGAUGCAUGUAUGCAGAAUCAAUAGAAUUCUAGAAUCCCCUCGUGGUAAUUGCUUGCUGGUGGGAGUAGGAGGUAGUGGAAAACAAUGCCUAGCUAGAUUAGCUGCAUUUAUCUCUAGUUUGGAAGUAGCGCAGAUACAAUUACGAAAAGGAUACGGCUUGUUGGAUCUUAAAAUGGAGCUUUCUAGUUUAUACAUGAAGUCAGGAUUAAAAAAUGUAGGAACAGUGUUUCUCAUGACUGAUGCACAAGUUCCAUCUGAAUCAUUUUUAGUAUUGAUUAACGAUAUGCUUUCUUCUGGGGAAAUUCCAGAAUUAUUUCCUGACGAUGAAAUAGAAAAUAUAAUAGCUGGAGUUCGCAAUGAAGUUAAAGGUGCUGGUAUCUUAGACACUCGUGAAAAUUGUUGGAAAUUUUUCAUUGAUCGAGUCAGAAGGCAAUUGAAAAUAGUAUUGUGUUUUUCUCCUGUUGGAUCAGUUUUGAGAGUUCGUAGCAGGAAAUUUCCUGCUCUAAUAAAUUGUACUUCUAUUAAUUGGUUUCAUGAAUGGCCACAACAAGCAUUAAUGUCAGUAUCUAAUCAAUUUUUAUCGGAACUUGAAGUCUUACCAGAAAAUUUUAAAGAAUCAGUUGCUAAGUUUAUGUCUUAUGCACAUACUCAGGUGAACACAAUAUCUCGGGUUUAUUUACAGAGUGAUAGACGCUAUAAUUAUACGACACCAAAAUCAUUUUUAGAGCAAAUAUCUCUUUAUUCUAAACUAUUAAGAAGAAAAUCAGCUGAAUUAGCUGGUAAAAUUAAUAGACUUGAAAAUGGAUUGGAAAAAUUAAAAAGCACAGCAAACCAGGUAGAUAAUUUAAAGGCAAAAUUGGCUAUUCAAGAAAUUGAACUUAAAAUAAAAAAUGAUGCUGCUGAUAAAUUAAUUCAAAUUGUUGGUGUUGAAACUGAAAAAGUUUCCAAGGAAAAAGCAUUUGCUGAUGACGAAGAAAAAAAAGUCUGUUCAAUUGCUGAAGAAGUAAAGAAAAAACAACAAGAUUGCGAAGAAGAUCUUGUUAAAGCCGAACCCGCACUCUUAGCUGCUCAGGAAGCUUUAAAUACAUUGAAUAAAUCAAAUUUAACUGAAUUAAAAUCAUUUGGCUCACCUCCAGGUGUAGUUACAAAUGUAACAGCUGCUGUAAUGGUACUGUUAGCUCAAAAUGGAAAAAUUCCAAAAGAUCGUAGUUGGAAAGCUGCUAAGAUUAUGAUGGCCAAAGUGGACAGCUUUUUGGAUUUAUUAAUAAAUUACGAUAAAGAAAACAUCCAUCCUGAAGUAACAAAAGCCAUAAAGCCAUACUUAAAAGAUCCAGAGUUUGAGCCUGAAUUUGUAAAAACAAAAUCUGCCGCUGCUGCAGGUCUUUGUGCUUGGGUUAUAAAUAUAAUCAAAUUUUAUGAAGUAUACUGUGACGUAGAGCCAAAAAGAAUAGCUCUUUCUCAAGCUAAUGCAGAAUUAGCUCAAGCACAAGAAAAAUUGUCUAUCAUAAAGAAAAAAGUUGCCUCAUUGGAAGAACAGUUAUCAAAACUGACUGCAGACUUUGAACAGGCUACAUCUGAAAAAUUACACUGUCAACAAGAAGCAGAUGCCACAAAUAAAACAAUAGCAUUAGCUAAUAGACUGAUUGGUGGUUUAGGAUCUGAAAAUGUUCGUUGGGCAGAAGCUGUCUCAUGUUUUAUGCAACAAAGUACAACUCUUCCAGGAGAUAUUUUACUAAUUACCGCUUUUAUAUCUUACGUUGGAUGUUUCACUAAAUACUACAGAUUAGAACUUCUACAAAAAAUAUGGACUCCUUAUGUCAAAACAUUAAACCCUUCAGUUCCAAUAACAGAGGGUCUUGAUCCAUUAUCUUUAUUAACUGAUGAUACACAAAUUGCAAUCUGGAAUAAUGAAGGACUACCAAGUGAUCGUAUGUCAACAGAAAACGCUACUAUUUUAACUAAUUCAGAUCGAUGGCCACUAAUGAUAGAUCCACAACUUCAAGGUAUAAAAUGGAUUAAACAAAAAUAUGGUGAUAGUUUAAUAGUUUUAAGACUUGGUCAAAAAGGAUGUAUGGAUGAAUUAGAAAAUAGCAUAACUCUAGGCUAUACAGUACUAAUAGAAAAUAUUGAAGAAAACUUAGAUCCUGUGUUAGAUUCUUUAUUAAGUCGUAAUCUUAUUAAAAAAGGAAAAGCUAUAAAAAUGGGUGAUAAAGAAAUAGAAUACAAUUCAAAUUUUCGAUUACUCCUCCAUACAAAACUUGCAAAUCCACAUUAUAAACCUGAAAUGCAAGCUCAAACAACUUUAAUAAAUUUCACAGUUACCAGAGAUGGUUUGGAAGAUCAGUUAUUAGCUGAAGUAGUAAAAGCAGAAAGACCUGAUUUGGAACAACUUAAAGCUGAAUUAACAAAACAGCAGAAUGAUUUUAAAAUUAUGCUAAAGAAGCUAGAAGACGACUUACUUUCACGAUUAUCUUCAGCAGGAGAUGAUAUACUAAGUGAUACCGCAUUAGUGGAAAAUUUAGAAACAACUAAACGCACUGCUGCAGAAAUACAACAUAAAGUAGCCGAAGCUAAAAUUACAUCAGAAAAAAUUGACGAAGCCAGGGAACAUUACAGACCAGCAGCAUCCAGAGCAAGUUUAUUGUAUUUCAUACUCAAUGAGUUAAAUACUAUUAAUCCAGUUUAUCAAUUUUCACUUAAGGCAUUUUGUGUAGUAUUUCAUAAUGCGAUUGAAAAAUCACUAUCAGCUAAAGAGGUAGCCCAAAGGGUAAUAAAUUUAAUAGAUUGUAUUACCUACUUUGUUUUUGUGUACACGUCUAGAGGACUCUUUGAAUGUGACAAGCUAAUUUUUGCUUCUCAAAUGACGUUUCAGAUACUGUUAAGAAAUGAAGAAAUAUUACCUCAAGAUUUGGAUUUUUUCUUGCGUUUUCCAACUGCUCAACAUAUAAGUAGUCCUGUGGACUUUUUGUCGAACUCUAGUUGGUCAGGCAUAAGGAGUUUGUCGAGCAAAGAUGAAUUUAGAAAUUUGGAUCGGGAUAUAGAAACAUCGCCGAAAAGAUGGAAGAAAUUUAUAGAAACCGAUUGCCCUGAACGUGAAAAAUUUCCUCAAGAAUGGAAAAAUAAAAUUUCAUUACAAAGAUUAAUGAUGAUGAGAGCAUUAAGGCCUGAUCGAAUGACAUAUGCCAUGUCAGUUUUUAUUGAAGAAAAACUUGGAUCUAAAUAUGUAGAAGGUAGAAGUAUAGAUUUUUCAAAAUCUUUCGAAGAGACAUGUCCAACAACACCAAUUUUCUUUAUAUUAUCACCAGGAGUUAAUCCUUUAAAAGAUGUUGAAGAUUUAGGUCAUAAACUUGGAAUAUCAAGCGCGCAAAAAAAUUUCCACAAUGUUUCCUUAGGACAAGGUCAAGAAGUAGUUGCUGAAAAUGCAAUGGAAAUUUCAGCAGCUCAAGGACAUUGGAUUGUUCUUCAAAAUAUACAUUUGGUCAAAAAAUGGUUACCAACAUUAGAAAAAAAAAUGGAAUUGCUUGGUAAUACGGCACAUCCGAACUAUAGAUUAUUCUUAAGUGCAGAACCAGCUGCUACAUCUUCAGCGCAUAUUAUACCCCAAGGGAUUUUAGAGUCUUGUAUUAAAAUAACUAAUGAACCUCCAACUGGUAUGCAAGCAAAUUUACAUAAAGCGCUAGAUAAUUUCAAUCAGGAAACUUUAGAAAUGUCUUCUAAAGAAGCUGAAUUUAAAGUUAUAUUAUUUUCAUUAUGCUAUUUUCAUGCUGUUGUCGCUGAACGUAGAAAAUUUGGCGCACAAGGUUGGAACAAAAUUUAUCCGUUUAAUGUUGGUGAUUUAAACAUAAGCGUCAGUGUUCUUUUUAAUUAUUUGGAAGCUAACAACAAAGUUCCUUGGGAAGAUUUGAGAUAUUUAUUUGGUGAAAUUAUGUAUGGGGGUCACAUAACAGAUGACUGGGAUAGAAAAUUAUGUAUUUCAUAUUUAGAAGAGUUAAUGCAACCAGAUCUUGUAGAUGGUGAUCUUUAUUUAGCUCCUGGAUUCCCUGCACCUCCAAAUACAGAUUAUCAAGGCUAUCAUACUUACAUCGAUGAGGUUUUACCCUCUGAAAGCCCAGUUCUUUAUGGAUUACACCCUAAUGCUGAGAUAGGUUUCAUGAGUACUACAUCCGAAAAUCUUUUUCGUACGGUUUUUGAAAUGCAACCUAGAGAAGCCGGUGCUGUUAGUGGAACAAAUGUUACAAGAGAAGAUAAAGUAAAACAAUUAGUUGAUGAAACACUAGAAAAAUUACCAGAGGAGUUUAAUAUUAAUGAAAUGAUGAGUAAAGUGGAAGAAAGAACUCCUUAUGUAAUAGUUGCUUUUCAAGAGUGCCAGAGGAUGAAUUAUCUCACUAGUGAAAUGAAAAAAUCUUUAAAAGAAUUAGAGUUAGGGUUGAAGGGAGAACUGACAAUUACUUCAGACAUGGAAAUUUUAGAAAAUGCUCUUUUUUUAGAUCAAAUUCCUUCGGUAUGGUUAGAUAGAGCUUAUCCAUCACUACUUGGUCUUGGAUCAUGGUUCUCAGACCUUUUACUCCGAAUUAGAGAGUUGGAGACAUGGACAACGGAUUUUGUGUUACCUUCAUCGGUUUGGUUAUCGGGAUUUUUUAAUCCUCAAUCAUUUUUGACAGCAAUAAUGCAAAGCACUGCACGUAAACAUGAGUUACCCCUCGACAAAAUGUGUCUUCAAUGUGAUGUGAUGAAAAAACAUAAAGAAGAAUUCAGUGGAGCAGCGAGAGAUGGUGCUUAUAUUCAUGGACUUUUUAUGGAAGGUGCUAGGUGGGACAUUUUGCAGGGAGUGAUUAUGGAAUCAAAACUUAAAGAAUUAUUUCCACAAAUGCCUGUGAUAAAUGUUCGGGCUAUAACUCAAGAUAAACAAGACUCACGAAACGUUUAUGAAUGUCCAGUAUAUAAAACUAGAACUAGAGGUCCAACUUAUGUCUGGACUUUUAACUUGAAAAGUAAAGAUAAACCAUCAAAAUGGACAUUAGCUGGAGUAGCACUGUUAUUGCAACUUUAAUUUUUGUAUUUAUUUUAAUAUUAAGAAUAGGCUUUAAGUAGGAAAAAUGAAUAAUCUUUAUUUUAAAUGCAAUGUUAAAAUUUCUUCUGAUUUAAAAAUAAAAUUAUAGUUUUAAUUUAACAAACUAAAUCUAAAAAAUUGCAAAUUUAUUUUGCGUUGAGUGAUUUAUUAAAAACUAUUCAUACAAUUAAAUCACGUUCGUCAAAUUAUUAUUAAUAUAAAAUUAGAAUACACUAUAAAGGUGUUAAUACUACAGUAAUUAAUUUUUAUAUUUAUUAAAACUCAUAUUU